GUCAUAACGCACUUCGACACUACAUAUAAAACAUAUUAAUCUUUUACAUUAUUGCUUAUCUUUGAAGAAUUGACUUCAAUUCCUUCCAUGGAGUUUGCAUCUUCUUCUUUAACAUCAUCAUCUUCAUCCUUCUUAACAUCAGAACCCCAUUUCAUACACGAUGUCUUCAUCAACUUUGGUGGAGAAGAAAUCGGUCGAAGGUUUGUUUCUCAUCUCCACUCUGUCCUUUUACAAGCUCAAGUCGAAACUUUGAUUAGCCAGGAGAAUCUGCACGAGGGAAUGAAGCUGGAAGAGCAUAUGCGAGCGAUAGGACACACUAAGAUUACAAUAAUCGUUUUCUCCAAAUCAUACACUGAAUCUGCUAGCUGUCUUCUUGAGCUUGAAAAAAUAAUUGAAUGCCACGAAACAUUUGGCCAAAUAGUUGUGCCCGUAUUUUACGAGAUUGACCCAUCGGAUGUACGUUAUCAGAAGGAUGAUUUUGGAAAAGCGUUGGAAGAAGCUGCUCACAAAAGCUAUUCAGGAGAACAACUGAAACAUGCGUUGUCCAAGUCGAGCCGUGCACUCACCACAACUGCUGGUAUCCCUAGUUGUGAUUUCAGAAAUUUCAGACAUGAUGCUGAACUUGUGGAGCGAAUUGUUAGCCGAGUUAAGACAUUACUGGACUAUAAAGACUUGUUUAUUACCCAAUAUCCUGUUGGAUUGGAGUCCCGCGUGGAAGACAUGAUUAAAGGGAUUGAAAAACAAUCUACCAAAGUGUGUAUGAUAGGGAUAUGGGGAAUGGGAGGAUCGGGUAAAACAACCAUAGCCAAAGCCACCUACAAUCGAAUUUGUCGUGAAUUCAUUGGUAAGUGUUUUAUAGAGAAUAUUAGUUAUGCUUGGGAUCCAGAAAAUAAGAAUGAAUGGUAUGUUGCUUUGCAAGAAAAUCUUCUUUCUGAUGUCCUAAAAUCCAAGUUGAAGGUGAAAAGCGUUGGGAUGGGAAGAACUAUGAUAGAGAACGGAUUUUCUGAAAAAAAGUUACUCAUUGUGCUUGAUGAUGUGAAUGACUAUGGCCAAUUGGAAAACCUAUGCGGGAGUCGUGAAUGGUUCGGUCAAGGAACUGUCAUAAUCAUUACAACUAGAAAUAUUAGCCUGUUGAAACGACGAGAAGUUAGUUAUAUUUAUGAAACGCAACUUUUGAACGAAAAUAAGUCACUUGAGCUUUUAAGUUGGCAUGUCUUUGGAGAAGCAAAACCAAGAAAAGGAUUGAAUGAACUUGCAAGAGACAUAGUUGCUUAUAGUGGAGGGCUACCACUAGCUCUUGAGUUCCUUGGUUCCUAUUUAUGGAAUAGGACAAAGGAAGAGUGGGAAACUGUAUUGAGAAAAUUACAAAGAAUUCCCCCGGAUAAACUUCUGAAAGUAUUAAAAAUAAGUUUUGACGAUUUAAAUGCUACAGAAAAGGACAUAUUUCUUGAUGUAUGUUGUUUCUUUAUUGGCAAAGAAAGAGACUAUGUCACAGAGAUAUUAAAUGGCUGUGGACUAUAUGCUGAUAUUGGAAUAAUAAUUCUCAUAGAACGUGGCCUCAUAAAAAUUGAAGGGAACAACAAACUUCAAAUGCACCCUUUGUUACGAGACAUGGGAAGAGAAAUUAUUCAUCAAGAAUGCUCAGAGGAACCGGGGAAAAGGAGUCGAUUGUGGUUGCAGGAUGACGUAAAAGAUGUACUGAAAGAGAAAUCUGGGACAAGAGCUAUCGAAGGAUUGUCCCUGAAACUGCAUUCCAGUAGUAGAGAUUGCUUGGAAGCUUGUGCUUUCAAGGAAAUGAAGAGACUAAGACUGCUACAACUUGAUAAUGUACAACUUAGUGGAGAUUAUGGGCACAUUUCUAAACAACUGAGAUGGAUUUGUUGGCGAGGAUUUCCUUAUAAAUACAUUCCAAUCAACUUUCAUUUGGAAAAUGUAAUUGCAAUUGAUUUCAAGNAUAGUCGUCUCCAACUAGUCUGGGAACAACCCGUGGUUUUAGAGCGAUUAAAAUUCCUUAAUCUUAGUCACUCCAAGUACUUGAAAGAAACACCUGACUUUUCAGGACUACCAAGUCUUGAAAAACUCAUUCUAAAAGAUUGCCCAAAUUUAUGCGAAGUACACCAAUCCAUUGGACGUCUCAGGAAUCUACUACUCAUAAAUUUGAAGGACUGCACAAGUCUAAGCUAUCUCCCAGAAGAGGUAUAUGAGUUGAGAUCUUUAAAAAUUCUCAUUCUCUCUGGUUGUUUAAAGUUUCCCCCUAUAGAUAUAGCAAAGGUGAAAUCCUUGGCAACUAUAAUUGCUGAAAACACAAAACCAAGCGCCCUUUGAUCAAUUGUAAGCUAUAACAAUAUCAGAUAUAAAUCCCAACAUGAAUUUGAAUGAUUGUUGGUAAAUAUUUGUUG